GAAGCCGCGGCCGUGCCGGUAUCCUGGUACCGGUGGUAACGGCAAGUGGUCCGGGAGAGUGGAGCGCUGGGCUGCCUUCGUGUGCCUGGAGCUGGCGGCUACGCCCGCCCAGCGUGGCCUCGGCUCUCAGUUUUACAGUGUGACUUUCUGUAUCUGAUCAGUAAGACUUCUAGGUGGUGAUAGCGCAGGAUGGAACCAAUGCUGGAUAAUGAGCAACUUUUCAGACACUCCUAUAUUGCUAGUAUUGAGCCACCUCAAAGAACAGGACCAGUAAAUGUGGAAGAUAUUAAAGCAGAUCUCUCUACUGAAUUUUCUUUGGUUUCUUCAAGCUCAGAUACAAGCCAGAGGAGCAGUUUGGAGUCUAAGGGACACAUACAAGUUUGUCUGCGUAUUAGGCCAUUUACGUCAUUGGAAAGAGAGAAUGAAUUCCAGGACUGUGUUUCACUUGAAGACUCAACAAGCAUCAUACUGAAGGCUCCCCAAAGCUGUUUGAGUCGACUAAGUGAAAAGAAUGCUGGACAGAUGAUACAGAAGUUCACUUUUUCAAGAGUGUUUGGACCUGAAACAACUCAAGAAGAAGUCUUUGAAGGUGCCAUGAGGCAACCUGUGCAGGAUUUCUUAGAUGGAUAUAAUCGCCUUAUUUUUACAUAUGGUGUUACAAAUGCUGGGAAAACCUACACAUUCCGAGGGACAGAAGAUGAUGUUGGUAUUCUGCCAAGGACUAUGGAUAUGUUGUUUAAAAGCUUUCAAGGAAAGUUAUAUACAGCAAUGGAUCUCAAACCCCAUCGUUGUAGAGAUUAUAUAAAGCUGACUAAAGACCAAGUGAGAGAAGAAAUUGCUAUUAAAAAUUCAAUACUUCGCCUAACAAAAGAGGUAGACCAUCAAAAUGGCACCACCAACAAAGCUCCGGCUGAUUCUAAUGAUUUGGAACAGCUCUUAAAAGACCCGGAACAGUCUAGCCCAACUGUGAAAAAUUACGUGAAGUUUUCUGUUUGGGUUUCAUUUUUUGAGAUUUACAAUGAAUGUUUUUAUGAUCUCCUGAUUCCUGUAUCAAAUGACAAGAAGAGAAGGACGCUACGCCUUGCUCAAGACAUCAAGGGAUGUUCGUAUGUAAAAGGUCUGCAGUGGGUACAGAUUUCUGAUUCUAAAGAAGCUUUUCGACUUCUAAAACUGGGGUUGAAACAGCAGAGUAUUGCAAGCACGAAACUAAAUGCUAACUCCAGCAGGAGUCACAGCAUAUUCACAGUUAAAGUAUUGAAAAUUGAAGAUUCAGGAGCACCGCAAGUGAUUCGAGUCAAUGAAUUGUCAUUGUGUGAUCUUGCUGGUUCAGAAAGAUGUACCAAGACCCGUAAUGAAGGUGAUAGACUGAAAGAGAGUGGAAAUAUAAACACCUCCCUUCUGAUUCUAGGCAAGUGUAUAAACGCACUCAAGAACUGUCAACAGUCAAAGUUACAGCAGCACAUACCCUUUCGGGAAAGUAAGUUAACUCACUACUUCCAAGGAUUCUUCAGUGGAAAGGGGAAGAUCUAUAUGAUAGUAAAUAUAAGCCAGUGUGCGUCAGCAUAUGAUGAAACACUCAGUGUGCUAAAGUUCUCAGCCAUUGCACAAAAAGUCUUUGUUAUGGACGCAUCUAUUCUUCCUCAAGUUCAGUCAUUUGGCCAGAAAUCAGCAAAAGAAUCAUCGCUACUUGACACUAAAAUGCCAAUCCCAAGGAAAAGAACUACUGUGCUAUGGGAUAGGAGCUUAGAAGAUGUGAUUGAAGAUGAUGAGGAACAGCACAUGUCAAAAGAAGAAGCGGUGCAGCAACAUGAAGCAAAUCAAGUUUGUAUGAGAAAAGAAGACUAUAUGACACUGCUGAAUCUCAUAGAAGAUUUGAAGAAGAAACUUAUUGCUGAAAAAAGUAGCAAGCUACUGAUGGAACUAAAAAUUCGUGAAGAAGUCACAGAAGAAUUUACACAGUUUUUUGCUAAACGGGAAAGAGAUUUCAAAGAGUGCCUUUCUCAGGAACGAGAACGACUUGAAGAGAAUACUGAAAGACGUCUGGAAAUCUUCACGGAACUUGUAAAUGGUUAUAUUAAAAACACAGAUGAAGGAUAUAAAGACGGGCCUAGCAGUGAGGAAGCUGGACCUCUGGAUGAAAAACGUAGCAUUGGGCCUGGUACCUACACUGAUCUUGAGGGCGUUAUUGCUUCCCUGCAGGAUGAUAUUGCAGAUAUCAAAAAGCAAGCAGAAGAAGCACACAAGUACAUUGGGAAUCUAGAGGACCCACGGGAAGCUACAGCUUGGCUUGAAAAAGAACUGGGAAAAACUACCACUGAGCUAACUAAGACCAAAGAAGAGCUGACAAUGAAAACCAAGGAACUAAUCAAAGCUGAAAGAGAGCUGGCAAAGAAAAGCAAGGAUGUUGAAACACAGAUGAUAAAAUUAGCUGAGUCAUCUGAGCAGCUUAAAGAAGCAGCUGAGAAAAUGAAUACACAGAAUAAAAGGAUUCAAGAACUAAUGGACAUUGUGGAGCAAAAAGAUGAUAUUAUUACGAGACUACAAGAUUUGAUAUCCCUUUUAGAAGAAACCAUAAAAGACUAUGACAACACUGUAACUAGCCUUAAAAGAAUGGCAGAAAAGAGCUCUAACCAGGUGAUUGAAAGCAGUCAGUUCAAGGAUUGUGAAGAUACUGUAUUGGGAGUGGGAAGAAAACGCUGCUUUGAAAAUAGGCCUACUGUGGAAGAAGAGCCACCUACAAAGAAAGGAGAUACAAAGGAGAGUUGGGAAUAUGACCCUCUAGAGCAAAAAGGAGCUGAAUAUUUGAAAGCAAAUGCUUAUGAGAACCUUCCAGAAAUAUUAGCGCUGAGGGAAAGAACUGAAACCUUGGAAGGUCAGCUAGCUGCACUUGAAGAAAAGAAUAAAAAAGAGUUUAGCGAGCAGAUAACCAACUUGCAUCUCAAGCUUUCUGCUUCUGAAGAAAGGGCUUUUUGCUUAAGUGAAGAACUUAAGCAGUGUCAAGCUGAUUAUCAGAAGAUUGCUUCUCAAUUGGACAAACAGAAAACUAUAAAUAAGGAACAAGAAGGAAAGAUUAUUGAGCUGAAUAAUGAAGUAGAAAGUGCAAAACAAAUGUUAAUUGAUAAAUUGUCACAAAUUAAAGCAGUGCUGUCUAAAGUAGAUGAGUUGUAUGAAUGUCACUCACUAGCUGAGUCUUAUGCUAUGGAUAUUGAUUUUGUUAAUCUAAAAGCUUCAUUAGACUUUCAAAAAGGCGAACUAGAGAGAGCUCAAGUAAGUUCUGUAUACAUGCAGUCCCAAACUACUGCUACGGAAGAUCAGAAAUGGGAGGGCUUCUUUCACAGCAGUGUUGAAAGCAUCUGGGAAGAAUGCAAAAAUAUUAUAAGGGUUUCUUCAGAAAAAAGUCAGCGGAUUCAAGAACUACUUCAACAAGUUGAAGACUUAAAGAAAGGACUUGAUGACUCUGAGAAUUGUAAUAAUCAACUAAAAAUAAAAUUAAAUGAAAUUGCAAAUCAAGAUCAUCAGUCCUUAAAGGAAAAAGAACUUAUGAGUCAGUUAGAAGAGCAAAUUCAGAAGAAAACACAGGAUUUUGAAAAACAGGCUGCAGAAGAUCGCAGAGUAAUUGCUGAGUUCGAGGAGGAAGUUACCACCUACAAGGAAAAAAUAAGAGAGCUUGAAUGCCUAUUGGAGGCUUUUAAAGCUAAAGAUGACAGCAUAGAAAAGUUAGAAGAAGUACUCAAAGAAAAAGAAUCUAUUAUUUUAAAUCUAGAAACUAAUACAGUAGCUCUGCAAGAGAAAUGUGCUAAUUCAGACCUAACCAUUAAAGAGCUAAAUGAUAAAGAAGUAAAUCUGAAGGAGGAAAUUGUGCAGUUGAUGAGCAGUUUGGAGAAUAUGAAAUGCUGUCUUCAGGUGAAAGAGAAAAAUGAGGAUGAGCAAAUACAAUCUAUAGAAUUGCUACGUAAAGAUCUUUCUGAGAGUUCUGCCCUUGUACGGAGUUUGAAAGAAGACUUGCAGAGGAAAGAGGAUGAAUAUAUAGAUUUGAAAGAGAAAUUUUCUGAUGCCAAGAAACAAAUUCAGCAAGUACAAGAAGAGGUGGGUACAAUGCGAUCUGAGGAGAAAUCACUGAGGAACAAGGUUAAUGAACUUCAGAAAAUUAAAAACCAGCUUAGUGAAGAAUUAGGGAUCAAACAGCGCACAAUUCUGCAACUUAAAAAGGAGCAGUUGAAUAAUGAGAAACUGGAAGAAAUCUCCAAAGAGUAUGAGAAAACAUGUAAAGAUCUGUGUGCAAAGGAAAAAAUAAUUGAAAAUAUGCGGAUGACAUUAGAAGAACAAGAACAGACGCAGAUUGAACAAGAAGAAGUGAUUGAAGCCAAACUAGAAGAGAACAACAGAUUAGUCUGGGAACUGGAAGUAUGGAAGCAGAAAUUUGGAGAGCUGAAUAACCAGAGCGAUAGUGACUGGCAGCAAAAGAUGAGCAAAAAUGAGGAGAAAAACAUAAGUGAAAAUGAGGAAAUAAUGAAGCUGCAAAAAGAACUGAAGGAAAAUGAGGCAAAGUAUCAAAAUGAUAGAAAGAAGUGGCUGGAGGAAAAAAUGGCACUCGUACAUCAAGUAAAAGAAGCUGAGAUCCUUCACAACAGGGAAAUGAGAAAAUUUGAGGAGGAAAGAGAGCACCACAUAAAGAAACAAGCAGAAAUUGAAAGACUUGCUGCUGCACAGCUGAUAGAAAAGGACAACAAUCUUCAAAAGUGGCGUGAAGAAAGAGAUAAAUUAGUAGAAGCUUUGGAAAUGCAGCUCAAGACUUUGGUUUCUAACACCACACAAAAAGAUAAAGAAAUAGCGGAACUGAAACAGGCUGCACUAAAGGAUUUGAGAAAGGAUGAGGAAACUGAUAUAGAAGAACUAAGGAAACAGCUGGCUGAGAAAGAUGACUUUAUAAAGGAACUGAAACAGCACGUUAACCAUGGAAGUCUUCCGUCUAUGGCAAAAGUACCUAUACCUGAAGAAGGACAAGAUGAAAUAGAUCAGUCUGUAAACAAAGAGGACCAUUCUGAAAUUGUGCUUGACUCGUCUGAAGUGUCUACAGAAAAUGGAAAAACUGAUCGGUUCCCAAAACCAGAGAUGGAAAUCCAGUUCACACCUUUGCAACCCAGUAAGAUGGAGGUGAAGCACCAGGGUAGCUCCAUACCAGUUACAGUUAAAAUGCUCAAGCCAAGAAAGAAAAGAAAAAGUGAAGAGAUGGAUGAGGAUUUUGUGAAAAGUGAGAACGCAAAAAAUGCAAGACCUGCUAUGACUAAUUCACCUUCUACAAGCAACAAGAAAAUGGUGUCUACUCUACAACCUAGAAAACCAUACCCCUUAAGAAAGCAAGAAUCCACUUCAAGUAAAAACUCUGCUAAGAAGAAUGGUGGAACACUACAAAAAAUUGGAGACUUCUUCCAAAGUUCUCCUACUAUUAUUCAGUCUAAAGCAAAGAAGCUGAUUGCAACAAUAAGCUCUCCUAACUCUGCAGAACCAGAAAGCAUAAAAGAAAAUGAGCCGAAGCCAAAACGAGCUAAGAGAAAGCUGUAUUCAACUGACAUUUCUUGCCCUCUAGAUAUUCCUGCUUCUUCGAUUCUUAUAGAAGAAAAAGCGAAGGAAAGUGAUCAUCUAAUCAUCAAGCGACGGCUUCGAUCAAAACAAGCUAAAUAAUCUUGCAACAGCAUGUUUGUAUUUCCUUGUUUAGGUCAUAUUUCCAUUAUAUUAUUUCAGUUGAUUGUACAUAGGAAGUAAUUGAUAUUUCAUUAAGCUCUGAAGUGUGUGUAUAGGUGUAUACAAUUGUUCUGAUGUUAUUAACUUUUGACUUCAUUAAAACUGAAUUGCUGCUCAAGAAA